AUGUCUUCGUCAGAAUUUGAAGUGGAUAACAACUUCUCUCCAAAAGCUAGCACAAGCAAACUGCAUCAGACAGUGCCAACAGAUGCAUCUCCUGACUCCAAAUGCCCUAUCUGCUUGGACAGAUUCGACAACGUUGCAUAUCUAGAUCGUUGUUUGCAUAAAUUCUGUUUCCGUUGUGUCCAGGAAUGGUCAAAAAACAAGGCAGAAUGUCCGCUCUGCAAACAACCGUUCCAUUCCAUUUUCCAUACAGUUCGUGCUGAGGAUGACUUUAAGGAGUACAUACUCAGACCAUCAGAAAACGGCUCUUUUGCCAGCCCUGAUGGCCGGAGAUUUCGUUAUCGUACUACGUUAACAAGGGAACGUCGCACUUCAUCUUACCAUCGUCACACUUCCUCUUCUCGAAGGACGCUGUCCCCUCCUGAUAAUGGGAUAUUGUUUGAAGGGCUGUCAAGCGAACCAGUGCGGCAGAGAGAUGGAGAGAUUCAGCAGAUGAUAAGGAGGCUUGCCUCAAGGAGGCAAGCUAGCGCAGAGGGCAGGUCUCUGCGGCAGAUUCAGGAGGAGGACAUGAUCAACUUCCGCAGAGCUCUCUAUCGCACCGGUGUGCGUGUUCGUAGUAUUCAGGAUGGUGGCCGCUAUCGAGAUAUUUCAGCAGAGUUUUUCCGCCGGAACCCUGCUUGCCUUCACAGGUUGGUUCCCUGGUUGAAGCGGGAACUUACAGUCCUGUUUGGUGCCCAUGGAUCUUUGGUUAACAUUGUACAGCAUAUCAUCAUGAGUAAUGUGACGAGGUAUGAUCUGGAAAGCCAGGCCUUUGCUGAUGAUUUAAAGCCAUUUUUGCUGAAUCGUACUGAACAUUUCCUACACGAAUUUGUCAGUUUUGCCCGAUGUCCUUUUAACCUAGAGGCGUAUGAUCAGCAUGCCAAUUAUGACUGUCCUGCUCCAUCAUAUGAUGAAGGAAGUCACUCAGAUUCAUCAAUUAUUACAAUAUCUCCAGAUGAAGCAGAUUCUCAAGGUCCAGAUCGCAGUUCCUCCAUGACUGGUAUAGAUCAAGCUCCCUGGGAUGACGAAACUCCAGGGCCCUCAUAUUCCAUCUCGGAAGAGGUUCAUGCAACCAUCGCUUCUUCUUUGGAGACUUCAGAAAGUUCCGAUGAGGACUCCGCAACAAAAAGAACUGAAAUGCAAACUCAGUUGCAGGCUAAUGCUGAUUCAAAUGACAGUGACUAUUCUUCUGACAACUGUGUUAUUGUUGGGUAUGUUAAGCCUAUAGCUGAGAGGACACCAGAACUGGUUGAAUUGUCUUCGGAUUCUGAGGAAUCAGUCAAGGAAGAGAGAAGGGAAGAUGUUAAGAAACAGCAGCCAAUCCAGUUCCACAGUUGCAGUGACAGUGAACCAAGCAGGAGUUCCUCACCACACUCCCCUACGUAUAAUGAAAACCUAGGUAGCUGUAAAAGCCGUUUCUCCCCUGCAAUUGAGAAGAUAGAAUCAAAAGAUGAUGACAACAAAAGUAAAAUAAAAAAUCUAUCUGCAGAGGAAUUGAUCUGGAGCCCUUCUUCAGGAAGAGACAGGAUGCGUUCUCCUUGUGAUCACAGACUGUCCAGAAAGAGAAGGUCCAAGAGUCCACAGUCCUAUUCAAAGCACAGCAGAGGAAGUCUUGGCCACAGAACGAGGAAGGAGCAUCACAGCAAAGACCGAUUCAAAAGGAAACGAUCAGAAAGCAGAGAUAGCAGCAAACAUAGAAGCAAAAGAAACAAGAGGAGGUCAAGAACUCGUGAUUCUAGCAUCUCUCGAAAAAGCCAGAGAGGCUCUCUAAGUCGUGAGAGCACAAUAUCCAGGGAAGUAAGCAGAUCACGAUCGCGUAGCAAGGGCCAUAGCAAAAGAAGAUCGAGAAGCAGAGACAGUGAUCAUUAUUAUGUAAGAGACAACUAUCAAAGUAGAUACCAAUGGGGUUAUACUUUUUAUAGUCGAAAUGUGGUUGGAGAUGGCUAUGAAUCGUCUUAUAGGAGGAAGACUCAAUCUAGAGCUCACUAUUCAAGACAAUCUGCUAGUCCAGAAUACAGGAUACAAUCCUUUACUGAAAGGACAGAUCCACGUAGUCAGAGAGGACUCCAUGAGAGACAUUAUUACUAUUAUGAAAGAUGCAGGUCCAGGAGCCGAUCAAGUAAUAGGUCCAGGACACCAUCUGGAGGGACUGACAGAAUGAAAAGUGAAAAGCCUGGUGGAAAAAGAAAGUAUAAAACCCGCCACUUGGAGACUGCAGACAAGGAGAGUACGGUUCUAGAGAAAGAAAAUGACCCCAAGAAAACUUUGUCAAAAUUCAGUGACUGCUACAAAAACGAAAAUAGCCUUUCAGACAACCAAGCAAGUAGUGAGACAAAGCAUAAGAAGAAGAAGAAGAAGACCAGGAGUCCAAGUGUGGAGAUAGUUUAUGAAGGAAAAAUGACAGACACAAUGAGACAUCAUAAAAAGAAGAAGAAAAAGCACAAGAAGAAACACCGGAAACACCAGCUGAGUAACUCAGUACAUUCUUCUCCGGUUGUAAUUACAAUUGAUAGUGAUAGUGACAAGGAGCCAGAAAGUAUUGAGUGUGACAGUAGUAUUACUUGGACAGGCUCAACCCAGGUAAAUGAGAGAGAAAAUGAGUCUGUCUCUUCUUUUCUGGGAGAGGCAGAAUGUAAGGAUAUUUAUAAGGUCAGCAAAGAAACUGGAAUAAUGGGUAAAAACCGUAGUAUUGCUACCGCAAGACAGGACUUAGUUGGUGACUUUAGAAAUAGUGACGUCAAGGUUCAGGAAACAUCAGCUGAUCAGAGUCUUGCAGCAGUGGCUAAUAGUAGCAAUACAUCUCACACAGGAAUUACAGCUAGCCAUGUUCAACGAGUACAAGCAGCAGCAUCCAGUCAGCUGCCUUCUCCCAGGACUUCCUUUCUAGAGAAUCCAGAGAGACCACCAUUGAUACUAAGACUCCCAAAGAGACUUGUCAGCAAAUCCUUUUGGUCUGACUCUGCAGGAAAAAAAAUGUAGCAUGUUUUA